CCUUGUUUUUGCUUUGAUCACUUUGUUCUCUUUGCUCUCUCAUAGAGUAUCGUAAACAUGUUUUGUCACACUUUAUACCUAAAAGAAGCUCGUACCGCUUACUUCUUAGUGAUUUGUUCUGCCUCGGUUUUUAUUUGAUCACCGUUCUUAGUCCUUUCUUUCAAGAAUCCGAGUGUUUUUCCCACCUGGGUGCUUUUGUUUUCCUAGUUUUUGAUUACUUUCUUUCAAAAGGGUUUCAGCGUGUGACUUUUUUUUUUUUGUUUGAUAUAUAAUCAAACAUGGACUUUGAGCUCUUUGAAGAGGUUGAUCCAACAGGUCGGUAUGGGAGAUACAGUGACAAGCUUGGUGUAGGAGCAGUGAAAAAGGUUUAUAGGGCUUUUGAUCAACAAGAAGGUAUAGAGGUGGCUUGGAAUCAGGUUUUCUUGAACCGAUUCACCGAUGACAAGGCCAUGUUACAAAGGUUAAACUCAGAGGUUCAGUUGCUGAAAAUUUUAGAGAAUGAUAAUAUCAUCAAAUUGUUUAGUGCUUGGAUAGAUGUUGACCGCAUGGCUUUGAAUUUCAUAACUGAGGUGUGCACAUCUGGGAAUUUGAGGGAUUAUAGGAAGAAACACAGGCGUAUUUCAACCAAGGCCUUGAAGAAGUGGUCUAGGCAAAUACUGAGGGGUUUGGAGUAUUUACAUUUGCAUGAGCCAUGCAUAAUUCAUAGGGAUCUUAAUUGCAGUAAUGUGUUUAUCAAUAAUAAUACUGGUGAGGUAAAGAUUGGAGAUUUCGGGUUAGCAGCAGCAAUGGAAAAGGAGCAUGUAGCACAUUCAAUUCUUGGGACACCGGAGUUUAUGGCGCCGGAACUAUAUGAUGAGAAUUAUACAGAGAAGGUGGAUAUAUAUGCUUUUGGGAUGUGUGUGCUUGAGUUGUUGACAAGGGAGAUACCAUAUAGUGAGUGUGAUUGUGUGGCUAAGAUAUAUAAGAAGGUGACCUCAGGUGUGAAACCACAGGCAAUGAGCAAGGUAAAAGAUUUGGAGAUCAAGGGGUUCAUUGAGAAGUGCCUGGCCCCAGUGUCUGAGAGACCAUCUGCCACUGAGCUCCUCCAAGAUUCAUUCUUUGAUGGACUUGAUGAUGAUGAUAAUGAUGAAAACUAUGGAGAAGAAAGCCACCAGAAACAUCAAUUGAAAAGAAUUUGGAUCAUGAAUCAGCUCACAAUGGAAUAUUACUUUGGUAAAGAAAGUGUACUAUCCACAUUAUGCAUCUUCAAUAGUGAACCUCCCAAUUUCAAAAUUUAAUGAGUACAGAUUAAUGGUGUGGCCUUGUGAAUAAACUGGUGCAUUCUUGGUGACUAAAGUUUACUGGAUGCCGCUGAAUCAAGCCUAUCCUUAACUUGAAGGAAUCCAAGUUCCUAAACCCUAAAUCUAGAGAAUUUUGUGGAAACUCCAAGGGACAAUUGUACAAGUGCUGCACUUUUUUGCAAUAAGGGAAAAUUGUUGAUCAUUUAUUUAUUGAAUGUGAAUUUGCUAGAGUUUAAUGGUUGGGCUCACUCUUAACAUUAAGAACAGAUUUACUAGAGAUUGAAUCCUCAGUAGUAGAGGGUUAAGCUUUGGCUACAACAACUGUUGUUGUUGUCAACAACCAUUCUUCUUUUUUGUUAACUUUUUCUGGACCUUCUGG